AUGUUCGGCUUACUGCGGGGGGGCAAGAAGAACGCUUCUCAGGAGGUCCAACCCAUCACCGUCCUCAAGACGGACUUCAAGCUGGCCCACCUCCGCCAGAUCACCGCCAACUCCCUAUACAUAGUCUACGGCCUCCGCGCCGGCCAGCUGCGCUGCAUCAACAAGGCCUCCGCCGGCCGCGCCCUGUACAAGGGCCACGCCGCGCCGAUCGCCGACGCCGCGUUCUUCAGCCCUGACAGCAACCUGCUCGCCAGCGCCAGCGUGGCGGGAGACCUCAUCGUGCGCCAGAUCGUAGAGGUGGACGACCCCUCGGGGUCGAGCGGCGCGCCCGUGCCGCUCGCCGCGCUGGUGAUGCGCGCCGCGCUCGCGCCGCCGCCGCCGGGCGGCGCCGUCCGCGUCGCGUGGCACCCCGCGGAGCCCCGGAUCCUCGCCGCGGCGAGCGGCGGCUCCGCGGGCAUUUUCAUGCCGGCCGCGCCGCCGUCGGAGGCAGCCGAGCAGGCGCCGCUGGCGCCCGCCUCGCCUAGCUGGGAGCUCGCGCUGCCACCCGGCCGCGCGGCGACGGCGCUGGCGUUCUCGCCGUCUGGGGACGUGCUUGUGGCCGGCGACGCGCAGGGCGGCGCGAGCGCGUGGGCACUCGGCUCCGGCGCGGCCGCAGCCGGCGGGCCGCCCGCGGCAGCGCUGCAGUGGGCGCCGCACGGCGGGGACGCGGUGUCGUACGUGUGCUUCCUAUCACAGGACGGCCCGGGCGCGCCGUCGGUGCUUGUCACCGCGGACGCGGCUGGCCGCCGGCUGCGGCUGUGGCGGCUGCCAGGUGCGGACGCACUCGGCGGCGGCGGCGGCGGCAGCGCCGCCGCGGAGCUGCUGCAGAGCCUGGAGCUCGCCAGCGCGGCCGGCCCCUCGGACUUCUUCUGCCACGCCGCGCACUCUGCGCAGGCACAGCUGCUGAUCCUCGCAAACGCGCAGCGCAAGCAGGUGCACGCGCUGCACUACGCCCCUGCUCCCAGCCCCGAGGGCGGCGCGGCCGGCGCGGCCUUUGACUUUGUAGCGUCGUUCGCGGUCAAGCAGCCGGUGCUGAGCGUGGCGGCGGGGUACGACAUGGCGGAGUCUGAGGCGAGCCCCGGCCAGAUGGAGCCGCACGUACAUCUGUACUGCGUGCAGCCCGAUGCGGUACAGCAGUACAUGCUAGACCCGGAGCUGUGCGCGAAGCAGCAGCAGCAGCAGCAGGCGGCUGCAAGCGCAGCGGCGUUGCUACCGCAGGACGAGCGGCAGCAGGAGAAAGAGCCGGCGGCGGCGCCGCCCGCGCCCGCCCCCGCCGUGGCCCCAGAACCCAAGCAGCAGCCGCCAAAGCAGCACCCCGGCAGCCUCGCGUCGCCGGCGGGCAUGCCGCCGCUGCCGACGACCCUCUCGGCCAAGGCGCACGCCGACAAGGGCGGCUCGGGCGGCAUCUCCCGCGAGUCCUCGCUCCAGGCGGCCGCGGCGGCGGCGCUGCCAGGGGAGCUGCAGCCGGCGGUCGCGCCCACAGUGGCGGUGACGCCGCUGCCCGCGAACGACGCCCCCGCGGCGGCGGCCGCGGCAGCGGCCGCAGCGGCGGUGGUGCCGGCGGCGGCGGGCGCCGCGCCUCACGGCGCCGCGACGGGCGAGGAGUUGGAGGAGGGGGAGAUCCCCCCUCAGCAGCUGGUGCAGGCGGCGGCACCCGGCGACGCGGCCGCGGCAGCUGCGGCGGCAAACGCCGCUGAGGUGGCGCACCUCAGGCGGCAGCUGGACCGGCUGGUGUCUUCCCAGCAGUCGCUGGCGUCGCAGCUACGGUCCGAGGUUGCGGACGGCCUUCGCGCGUCCGAGGCGGCGGUCGCGGCGCGCGUGGAGGCGGCGGUGGUCAAGGCGCUCAACAAGCGAGCGGAGGACGAGCGGCGGCGGGCCAAGGACCUGGAGAAGGCGCUGACUCAGCAGAUCACCCAGUACGCGCCUGACGGCUGCCACAAUCGCAUGCCAUAA